CCUCUCAGCCUCCACUGCCGCCGCUGCCUCCGCCCGCUGCGCGGACCAGCGAGCCGGUAGCUGUCGCGAGCCCACCCGCCCUCCCGCGUGCCGGGGCUGCGGUGGGCCAGGAUGUCGGUCUUCCUGGAGGAGCUGCUGGGAGACAAGCUGGUGACGGGCGGUGGCGAGGAGGUGGACGUGCACUCGCUGGGCGCCCGCGGCAUCGCGCUGCUGGGGCUCUACUUCGGGUGCAGCCUGAGCGCCCCCUGCGCGCAGCUCAGCGCCAGCCUGGCCGCCUUCUACGGCCGCCUGCGAGGGGACGCGGCGGCCGGGCCGGGGGCCGGGGCGGGGGCAGGCGCAGCCGCCGAGCCAGAGCCCCGGCACCGCCUGGAGAUCGUCUUCGUGUCCUCGGACCAAGACCAGCGGCAGUGGCAGGACUUCGUGCGGGACAUGCCAUGGCUGGCGCUGCCCUACAAGGAGAAGCACCGGAAGCUUAAACUUUGGAACAAAUACCGAGUCUCCAACAUUCCAUCGCUAAUAUUCCUAGACGCCACCACAGGGAAGGUUGUGUGCAGGAAUGGGCUCCUGGUGAUCCGAGAUGACCCAGAAGGUCUGGAAUUCCCUUGGGGACCUAAACCCUUCCGGGAAGUUAUUGCGGGGCCCUUGCUUAGAAAUAACGGGCAGUCGCUGGAGAGCAGCAGCCUGGAGGGGUCUCACGUGGGAGUCUAUUUCUCUGCACACUGGUGUCCACCCUGCCGAAGCCUUACCAGAGUGCUGGUGGAAUCCUACCGGAAGAUCAAGGAGGCAGGCCAGAAGUUUGAGGUCAUCUUCGUUAGCGCAGACAGGUCAGAGGAGUCUUUCAAACAGUACUUUAGUGAGAUGCCGUGGCUCGCUGUGCCCUACACUGACGAGGCCCGGCGGUCUCGUCUCAACCGACUAUAUGGAAUCCAAGGUAUCCCCACGCUCAUCGUACUGGACCCGCAAGGGGAGCUGAUCACUCGGCAGGGCCGGGUGGAGGUGCUCAAUGACGAGGACUGCAGGGAGUUCCCGUGGCACCCGAAGCCUGUGCUGGAGCUCUCUGACUCCAAUGCUGUGCAGCUCAACGAGGGCCCCUGCCUCGUCCUUUUUGUAGACUCUGAGGACGACGGAGAGUCCGAGGCAGCCAAACAGCUGAUCCAGCCAAUAGCUGAGAAGAUCAUUGCCAAGUACAAAGCCAAAGAAGAGGAGGCACCGCUGUUGUUCUUUGUGGCCGGGGAGGAUGACAUGACUGACUCCCUGAGAGAUUACACCAACCUGCCUGAGGCGGCGCCUCUGCUCACCAUUCUGGACAUGUCAGCCCGGGCCAAGUACGUGAUGGAUGUGGAAGAGAUCACCCCAGCCGUUGUGGAGACUUUUGUGAAUGACUUCCUAGCAGAAAAACUCAAGCCUGAGCCCAUCUAGUGGGCUCGGGCCUCCUGAGACAGUAUUUAAGACGCAUUCUCCCUUUCCUCCCCUCUGCCCUUGGACUUUUCCAGCGCGUCCUGAGUCACACAGUCCAAGUGUCCAACCUCUGUGGUGCCUUGUUUCUACAUUAGCAACUCAGCUAGCACCCAAGGGUGUGCAUCCUCACGGUGGCAGCAGGUCCCACGGUGUUUGGAGAUGGCUUGGGGAUCCGUGAGGAUGGCAUGACCAGCUAGCCCCGAGACUGCCACCUCUCCUGGCUCUUGAUGGAGGACCUUCCAGGGUCUUCUGCAGAGUGAGCAAGCAAGGACUGUGGAUGAGGCUCUGACUCUGACACUGGGAUCAGUACACACACACCCCCAAGCCAGAGGGAACUCUCCUGUGACAUCUGUACCUGUGGGAGUUACAGAGGAAAGGCCGUGGCCUCAGUGGACAUCAGCUGAGAGCUGUCGGCGAAUUUGCUUUGUAAGGACAUGAUCUUUCUCGGUCUGAGGGGAGACCAGCGCAUCAGUGGGUUCUUGGGCAGGGGACUUCCAAUCUCUAAGGAACCUUGUGGGUGUUUGUUUUGGUGGGGAAAUGAAUAGCUGAGCUAACAGUUCAUAGA